AUGGAAGGUCUGCCCAACAACGCGGCGAAUGCUAUAAACACGACCACGGCUUCGUACCCCGCGUCGUCCACGGUCUCCACGCACCACCCGCAGCUGCAGCAGCACCAUCAUCACCACCAGCAACAGUCUUCGGCCGCGCCUCCGCAGACUCUUCCUCCUCUCCAGCCGAGCAAUCCUGUUAUGCAACAGCCGCCCUACGGCAGCUAUCCCCACACUCCCAGGACUCCAGGCACCCCCAACACUCCCACCAGCUCUGGCAACAUGGCGAGCUACCCGCCUCCGCCUCCGCAGAACGCCGGUCGCGGCGCGACCUAUCCCAUCCUGGGCAACAACACCUAUCCUCAGCAGCCUUAUCCGGGCGCAUCUUCGACCAUGCUGCCGCAGACCACCACGGCUGCGUCACAUCCGCAGCCCAUUGCUCCCGCUCCGGCCCCGACCAGCGGUCGCGCCCCACCCGUGCUCCGUCCCAUGCCCGCCGGUGGCGUCAUGGGGACCCAGCCCGGCAUGAGCUCGCCGUACGGCCAGGCCCCACUCAUGCCCCAGACCUCCAUGCUUCCGGAGGGUGAGCAGCCGACCCACGUCGUCGGAACCCAAGGCCGGAGAGGCAUUCUCCCCAGCGCCCCCGGCAGACCCGCCGCUCCCCCGGCUGGUUCUCCCGCAGCCAAGACGCAGAUCCCGCAGAAGGAUGCCGACGGCAAGUUCCCGUGCCCCCACUGCACCAAGACCUACCUGCACGCGAAGCACCUCAAGCGCCAUCUCCUGCGACACACCGGCGACCGCCCGUAUAUGUGCGUGCUCUGUCACGAUACGUUCUCGCGCAGCGAUAUCCUCAAGCGUCACUUCAUCAAGUGUUCUGUGCGCCGCGGCAACCCGACUGGAGCAAGUCACCUGUCCCACCCUCAAGCGCAUGUUAAGAAGAAUGCUGCUGCUCAGCAGAAGGCUAUGGGCACUGAAGGCGAUGUGAAUCAUAUUAACGGUAUGGGAAACAUGCCUGCCGACGGAAUGGUUCAUCCGUUUGGCCUUAUUCCCGCUUCUGAUGGGAUGAACAACCUUGCCAACGAUCAGAGCCAGCUCUCGAGAUCUAGCAGCAUGAACAGACUCGACGACGCGAACCGCGAUAGGAGAAACAUACCCGCGUCCGUCAUGCCCCCCGCGACGACGCGCCCGGGCGGCUUCGAGCAGACUUACAGCAGCGGCGAAGUGGCCAACAACAUGACCGCCAAUAUCAACCCCCAACUGGCCAACUACAGCAUGCCUCAGAGCCAAAAUGGAAUGCCCAUGUUCAAUCAAUCGGGCUCGACCGAUUGGUCUCAAAUGUUCCAGGGUGCGCACACUGCCUAUACCUACGCGAACCCUCCUAAUAUCGGACAGGGACAGAUGCAGACCGUAACACUCAAACCUCACGAGCCUAACCCCGGCGCCUGUGCGCCCCGACCGGUCAGCACGACCUCUGGCGACAUUUCGACGACCGCCGACGCCUCGACCUCCUCCCCCUUGCUUGAUUGGGGCAUUCCUUCGUCCUUCCCGAACCCGUACCAGCAUCUCUCCGCCAAGAUCCUCGACUUUCUACGUUCCUCUCCCGCUGCCGCUACCUCUCCCGUCUCUGCCCUUCUCGACUCGUUCUUCCAGCCCGAUGAUGUCCAGGCCAACCUGCUAGGUUAUACUAACUUCCAUGCCCACUUGUCCAUUCUGCAUGUUCCCACAUUCCGCGCGCUCGAGGCGCAUAUCGGCCUUGUUGCUGCCAUGUGCUGCGUAGGCGCCUGCUAUGCUAACCGGAUCUCUUCUGCCAACCUCCGUGAAGUCAUGGAGCUGCUCAAAGCAGCCCUCGAGAGCUCUUCUCGCAUGUUUGCAUCUCUUCUGCAAAACGGAAGCGCGGACCCGCAGUACGAGUGGACCUUGUUUGGCAGCAACAAGACAGAUCUCGAAGAGCUACAGGCUAUCAUGCUCACCCAGAUCUUGUUCACAUGGCACGGCACCCCUGAGCAACGCGACAAGGCGCGCAAGGUGUUCCCUCUCAUCGCCUCGUCCGCCCGGAAGGCUGGCCUAUUGAGCCUGGUGACCAAUGGCACGCUGCAUAGUACCGUCCAUCACCCUGAUUUCACUCUCCAGAGCGCAGCCGUCACCCCGUUUGACUGGCUCAGCUGGGUCGAGCAGGAGAAGCGCAUUCGUACCAUGUACAUGAUCUUCACCUAUGAUAUAGCCCUCGGCCUCUAUUUCAAUAUUGGCCCGGAGUUUGACCCUUUCGAGAUUCGCCUUCCCUUGCCAUCAGAUGAUGCUGCUUGGGAAGCUCGGACCGCUGAAGAUUGUGCGAAGGCUCUCGGGCUCCGCGGUCCUGAGGCCGUCAAGCUUCUUAAUCCUGACGGUACUGGUAGAUGGAACCAGCCCCAGCUGCACAUGGCUCUCAAGGCUCUCCUCGACCCCAAUAUCCAGAUCCAGCCCGGCUCAACCAACCUAUUUGGCAAGUUCAUCAUAAUUCAUGCGCUGCUUUCCCUCAUGCGCAAGGCCUGGUUGGAAGGCGGUUCUGCCAUCAUCAACCGCUCGAGCACGCCUAUCCCUACCAACAAUGCCUGGUUCGCGGGGGCUCAGGGCACCGCAAGUGCAAACAACAGCGGCAGAGCCACGCCAGUCGACCCUGGGUCCAAUUUGCUGGAUGCGCAGUCGUUCAAGACAUUUCAGACUGCGCUCGAUAAGUUCAAGGCCAAUUGGGAUUAUGACAUGUCUGUGCAGUUUUCUCCUCAAGCAGCCACUGCGGCACUUAAUCCUAAUCCUCACCGUUAUGGCUUCACUCGGGACGGCAUUCACUUCUAUUGGUUGGCUAUGUACCUACUCAAGAACAUGCGGGCGGCAGAUUUGCAGGCGGCACCGGAACAGCGGUUUCCUUACGUUUUUCAAUUAUUGAAAUCGGCAAAGCAAAAUGUGAUCGCGGAUGCUUAUUCGCGCGGAGAGGAGCUUGGUUCGGUUGGGGCGAUUGACGCAUCCUAUGGGGCAUCUGGGGAUAUGAUACUCGACAUGACACAAUUAUUUCGGCCACUUUCGUCGUUCGAACCUUCAUCAGCUGUCGUAGCCGCUUAG